AUGGUCCUCGUCCUCGCUAUCGGCGACCUGCACAUCCCACACAGAGUCCAUGACCUCCCUAACAAAUUCAAGAAGCUCUUAGUUCCCGGAAAGAUCCAGCAGAUUCUCUGCACGGGGAACGUGUGUGAUCGGGAGACGUAUGAGUAUUUGAGGACGGUCGCGCCGGACGUUUUGGUCGUUCGUGGAGAUUAUGAUGAGAGCUCGUUUCCGCUGUCAGUGUCUGUGACGCACUCGCCCAUCCGCAUCGGCGUCGUUCACGGGCACCAGUGUGUACCCAUCGGCGAUCUCGACUCUCUCAGUGCGAUUGCGAGACAGCUCGAUGUUGAUGUGUUGGUGUCAGGGCAUACGCAUACCUUCCAAGCCGUCGAGUAUGACGGCCGCUUCUUUGUCAACCCGGGCUCAGCGACGGGCGCAUGGACGGGUGCCGUCCACGGCGACCCAGUUCCCUCCUUCGCGCUCAUGGACAUCCAGGGCCCCGUCGUCGUCACGUACGUGUACCAGCUGAUCGAGGGCGAGGUGCGGGUGGAGAAGAUCGAGUACAGGAAGGACAUCGAGACGGUGAAGGAGGUGCCAAAGAGCAAUGUCUUGCCGCAGAGUAUACCCAUCCCUGCGCCCGCGCAGAGCGUGUGGUGA